UAGUAACCACAUUCAUAAAAUUUAUGCCUCAACUGUCCACUCCAAAAUUCAUCUUCCACCUCAUGUGAAGCUGCUGCAUUCACUAUCCCUUCUUCCGUCGCUGCAUGGAAGUCAUACUAAUAAUCCAUUGUCGCUAUAAAUUGCCUGCAAAUGAACUAAAUUUCUCUAGAGCUAAAGAGACGAAGUAGAGCUUAAGAGGGUCGGCAACCCUCAAACAGGGUGAACUGAAAAUGGGGAAUGCCUGAGGUGAGUGGAAAGAUUCUGUUGUGUUGAACUUCGUUAGUUUGAUCCUAUUCUGCUUCAGGAAUUCAAAAAUACUUUCAGUUAAAUCAUCAGGGAAAAUGAUGAGCAGAACUGUGGAUCUCCGAUCUGACACAGUUACUAAGCCAACGGAAUCCAUGCGGGCUGCAAUGGCAAGUGCUGAAGUAGAUGAUGAUGUUUUGGGCUAUGACCCUACGGCCCAACGCCUUGAAGCUGAGAUUGCUAAGAUAAUGGGCAAAGAAGCUGGCCUUUUCGUUCCUUCGGGCACCAUGGGUAACCUAAUAAGUGUGCUUACUCAUUGUCCGAUUAGGGGAAGUGAAGUCAUUCUUGGUGAUUAUUCACACAUCCACAUUUAUGAAAAUGGUGGCAUUUCCACCAUAGGAGGUGUUCAUCCAAGGACAAUAAGAAACAAUGAUGACGGAACAAUGGAUCUCGAUCUGAUUGAAGCAGCAAUCCGAGAUCUUAGAUUUGAGAUAUGUUACCCAACCACUAGACUAAUCUGCUUGGAAAACUCAUAUGCACAUUCUGGAGGCAGAUGCCUCUCAGCAGAGUAUACAGACAAAGUUGGAGAGCUAGCUAAGAAAUAUGGGAUCAAACUUCAUGUUGAUGGAGCUCGCAUAUUCAAUGCAUCUGUUGCACUUGGCAUCCCCCCUAGCAGGCUUGUGAAGGCUGCUGACUCGGUUUCUGUUUGUUUGUCAAAAGGUCUGGGUGCUCCGGUAGGAACUGUAAUUGUUGGUUCAAAAAGCUUCAUUGACAGGGCUAAGAUUUUGAGGAAGACUUUGGGGGGAGGAAUGAGACAGGUUGGCGUCUUGUGUGCUGCUGCUCUUGUCGGAUUUCAAGAAAACGUCGCUAAGCUCGAAGAAGACCACAAAAGGGCUAAACUUUUAGCAGCUGGGCUUAGCAAAAUUAGAGGACUGAAAGUUGACAUUGCUACGGUAGAGACAAAUAUCGUCUACUGCGACAUACUUAAGGAGGCGGACGUAACAGAACUGGAAUUGUGCAAGAUCUUAGCGGGACUUGGUGUACUCGCUCUACCUGAAGGCAUACAAAAAAUCAGGUUUGUGAUUCACCACCAGAUUUCAGAUGCUGAUGUGCAAUAUGCAAUAUCCUGCUCCGAGCGAGCAGUGGCGGGUGUGGCAAAUGGAAUUUGUGACCAUUGAAGCUCAGAUUAUGAUUUAUUUCAGAAGUGUCUACUUAGUAAAUGGUUGCAUCGUAGACUUUCUGAACUACUUUUUCAGUUUUCUAUAAGCAGCUUUUCAUUUAUCCCAUCUUCAUGUUGUUUUAAGAUGUCCAGACUCCAGAAAUAGGAUUUUUAUUGUAAUCAGGUAUGGCCAAUAGAGACCUGAUCGAAUACAUCAACAUGGUUUUUGGUAUAGGGCUCCCCAAGUCCCUAUGAAUGUCCGGUUUCAACGCGCGAAAUCUUUAACGGAAAAU